AUGACCGUGGAGAGUGAGGAAGCGGCCCCUCCAGAGGUACAUCACUACAAUGAGAUUGGUGAAGUUCCUUGGGAUAUUCAAAAUUACUGGAAGCAGCGACAUCGUAUAUUCACUAAAUAUGAGGAGGGAGUAUGGCUGACUGAUGAUGCCUGGUUCGGUGUUACCCCUGAGUCCAUCGCAAAUAAAAUCGCAGAGCACAUAUCCACCUCUGCUCCAAAGGACAAAGUUGUUCUUAUAGAUGCAUUUGCCGGAGCAGGUGGUAAUAGCAUAGCUUUUGCAAAGUCUGGACGAUGGAAGCGGGUGUACGCCAUUGAAAAGAAUCCGGCUGUCCUCACCUGCGCUAAGCACAAUGCAAAAAUCUACGGAGUCGAAUCAAAGAUCACUUGGUUUGAAGGAGAUUGUUUCGAGAUCCUAAAAACUCAUUUGAAAGAUCUGGGACCUUACAGCGUUGUCUUUGCUAGCCCUCCAUGGGGAGGUCCUGGUUAUAGGUCAGACGAGAUCUUCAACCUGCAAACAAUGGAGCCAUACUCAUUGGACCGCCUUUACCGGGAGUAUUCAAUCUUUUCCAAACACAUAGUCCUUUAUCUGCCAAGAACAUCAGAUCUUAGACAGUUGGCCAAAUUGGUCGAUGAUGGAAAGCAAGUGAUUGUGGAGCAUUACUGCAUGGACGGUGCAAGUAAAGCACUUUGCGCCUAUUAUGGAGAGUUCAAGUUGUCGCUAUCCGACUGA